AUGCCUCUCCUCCUCCGCACCCUCCUUCGACCCUCCUCCUCAUCUACCUCCCCAACCCUUAACCGCCUCCUUCUCCUCCCACCCAGUUGCAGAACCAGCACUCGCUCUCUACCCCUCAACCACAGCCACACCCAACUCUUCCACGCCUCCCCACCUCGCAAAUCCCUCUUCCUAUCCACCCUCCACCUCUCCCACGACGCCCUCCUCUCCCUCCACACCACUACCGGCCUCCCCUGGUCAACCACCAUCCCCCUCUUCGCUAUACUCCUCCGCAUAUCGCUGAUGCUCCCUAUCGCCAUCUACAACCGGCGCUCUAACAUCAAGCAAAUCUCCCUGGUCCCCCUCAUCGAAUCCUGGAAACCGCACCUCCGCCACGAAACCAUGCGCGAGGUCGGACAUCUCGGCCCGGGGCAAGCACAGAAGACGUUCCUGAAGAAGAUAUAUAGCAAGAGGGUGGAGCUGUUCAGGAGGUAUGGCUGCGAGAGGUGGAAGAGCUACUUUGCUCUGGUGCAGAUUCCUGUUUUUCUGAGCGUCAUGGAGACCCUGAGGAAGAUGUGUGGGUCGAACCAGGGGAUUCUGGGCAUGAUAAUGGGCGGGGACGAGGUUGUGGAGGCAGGAAUACAGAAUACUGGUACUUUUGUGACGGCUGAUGGAUUGCUGGACACAGCAGUUGGUAUCCCGGUGGAGGCCUCCCUGGCUACAGAAGGUGCCCUCUGGUUCCCUAAUCUUCUCCUUGCGGAUCCGCAUCUCGCCCUACCGUUCAUCCUCUCUGCAACCGUCCUACUUAAUAUCCUUGGCGGCGCGCGCAAGACCUACGCUGACAUGGGGAUAUGGACUAAGCGCUUGACCCGUUCUUUUAGUCUCCUAGCCAUAUGUCUCGGUCCAAUGAUGCUGAAUGUCCCGUCUGCUCUGCUCAUAUACUGGAUCAGUAGCAGUGGGGCGGCAUAUUUACAAGGUGUACUGCUGGAGAAGUUCAUACCGAUUCCUAAGCCUGUGUUACCGUGUGUGCCGAAAAGACAGUGGAAGUCGGGAUUCGGACAGCAGAAACCGGAGGGAUAUGUCAACCCGUUAUUAGCUAUGGAGAAGGCGGCAAAGAAGGAGUUGGAGGCGAAGAAAGCUGCGGCUAGACAGAAGCUUGCGUUGGACCAGAAUCAACCCAUUGGGAAGAGUGGUCCGCUGAAAGGGAGAUAG